AUGGCUGCCAACGGCGAGACCUUUGAGUUUCAGGCUGAGAUUUCUCAGCUCCUGUCUCUCAUUAUCAACACCGUAUAUUCAAAUAAGGAGAUCUUCUUGAGAGAAUUGAUCUCCAACUCCUCUGAUGCCCUUGACAAGAUCCGUUAUGAGGCUCUUUCAGACCCAAGCAAGCUCGACUCUGGAAAGGAUCUCAGAAUUGACAUCAUCCCAAACAAGGAGGCUAAGACACUGACCAUCCAAGAUACUGGUAUCGGUUUCACCAAGGCUGAUCUCGUCAACAACCUCGGAACGAUCGCCCGAUCUGGCACCAAGCAGUUCAUGGAGGCGCUGAGCGCUGGUGCCGAUGUGUCUAUGAUUGGUCAAUUCGGUGUCGGUUUCUACUCCGUCUACCUCGUUGCCGACAAGGUCACUGUCACCUCCAAGCACAACGAUGACGACCAGUACGUCUGGGAGUCCAGUGCUGGUGGUACUUUCACCGUUCAGCCUGACACCGAAGGUGAGCCUCUUGGCCGCGGUACCAAGAUGGUCCUCCACCUCAAAGACGAGCAACUCGACUACCUGAACGAGAGCAAGAUUAAGGAGGUUGUCAAGAAGCACUCCGAGUUCAUUUCAUACCCCAUCUACCUGCACGUCCUCAAGGAGACUGAGAAAGAGGUCCCCGAUGAGGAUGCCGAAGAAGUCGAAGAAGAGGGUGACGAGAAAAAGCCCAAGGUCGAGGAAGUCGACGAUGAUGAGGAAGACAAGAAGAAGAAGACCAAGAAGGUCAAGGAGAGCAAGAUUGAGGAGGAGGAACUCAACAAGACGAAGCCAAUCUGGACUCGUAACCCAACUGAUAUCACAACCGAGGAGUAUGCCUCCUUCUACAAAUCGCUAUCAAAUGACUGGGAAGAUCACCUUGGUGUCAAGCACUUCUCCGUUGAAGGUCAGCUCGAGUUCCGCGCGAUCCUCUUCGUCCCCAAGCGUGCACCUUUCGACCUGUUCGAGACCAAGAAGACCAAGAACAACAUCAAGCUCUACGUGCGCCGUGUCUUCAUCACUGAUGACGCUACCGACCUGAUUCCUGAGUGGCUCAGUUUCGUAAAGGGUGUCGUCGACUCUGAAGAUCUUCCCCUCAACCUGUCGCGUGAGACUCUGCAACAAAACAAGAUCAUGAAGGUCAUUCGCAAGAACCUUGUCAAGAAGACCCUCGAACUCUUCAACGAGAUUGCUGAGGACCGUGAGCAGUUCGACAAGUUCUACACUGCAUUCUCCAAGAACAUUAAGCUCGGUAUCCACGAGGACUCGCAGAACCGCAACCAGCUUGCCAAGCUGCUCCGUUUCAACUCGACCAAGUCUGUUGACGAGCUCACCUCUCUCUCCGACUACGUCACCCGCAUGCCCGAACACCAAAAGCAAAUGUACUACAUCACCGGCGAGUCGCUCAAGGCUGUGCAGAAGUCUCCCUUCCUUGACUCCCUCAAGGACAAGGGUUUCGAGGUCUUGUUCCUCGUCGACCCCAUUGACGAGUAUGCCAUGACUCAACUCAAGGAAUUCGAGGGCAAGAAGCUCGUUGACAUCACCAAGGACUUUGAGCUUGAGGAGACUGACGAUGAGAAGAAGAAGCGUGAGGAGGAAGAGAAGGAAUUCGAGCCUCUCGCCAAGUCACUGAAGAACGUCCUCGGCGACAAGGUCGAGAAGGUCGUUGUCAGCCACAUGCUGACUGGCUCUCCCUGUGCCAUCCGUACUGGUCAGUUCGGUUGGUCGGCUAACAUGGAGCGCAUCAUGAAGGCCCAGGCUCUUCGUGACACUUCCAUGAGCAGCUACAUGAGUUCGAAGAAGACUUUCGAGAUCUCGCCCAAGAGCCCCAUCAUCAAGGAGCUUAAGCGCAAGGUCGAGGCUGAUGGCGAGGAAGACCGCACCGUCAAAUCCAUCACCCAGCUCCUCUUUGAGACCUCGCUCCUUGUCUCCGGCUUCACCAUUGAUGAGCCAGUUCAGUUCUCCGAGCGUAUCCACAAGCUCGUCUCCCUUGGCUUGAACGUCGAUGAGGAGGUUGAGACUGCCGAGGAGAAGACGGAUGACGCCGCUCCAGCGGAGGCUGCUGGUGAGAGCGCUAUGGAGGAGGUCGACUAGAUGCCACGCAUUGUUCUUCGUUCCGGAUAAACAAAAUUUGGCGGGUUUAAUGGGCACUGGCGUCUUUCUGUGGUGAUGAUCAAAUCUCAUGUCACGUCUUUUCUUUGAGCCAAGGCAUUCCCUGGAGCCUCGAUUAGCUAUCGCUGUUUGUGGCUUUAGUUGGUGGUAUGGCUAGCAUACAACACGGGCACAGGCUUGUGUAGAGGAGGAACUCAUGAUAGCAUGUCUGACUGUAGCAUACGAGCCUUCUAAUGAAAGAAUUCUACUUCAACCUUGAUGUUGUAACUUGCGUACCAUACUUGUUUGCACUCUCUUAGAAAGCCGCAUGACUUUUAUUUUAGACAUGAAGUUACGCUCACCUCGCACCCUUUGGCUGUAUAGGAUCACAUAAAAGCAACGGGAACCGUGAUUGAUGAACUCCCUGGCUGGCUUUGGGUUGAGCACGCAACGGCUCAUUUGAUCGACAUGGG